UUCCGCUCUCAUUUUUACUCAAAAAUAGAAAACCAAAAUUUCCUUCACAUUCACUUUCUCAGUCCUUCCCUUUCCCUCUCUUUCUUCCUCCCGUUUAAAAAGGCUUCCGCGCCACACUCAGAUUCUCAUUUUUCCACUUUCCUUUGCUGUCCUUCCCUUUCUACUGCUUAGCCCUAGUUCCCGGAGGAAUAUGCCGCGAGAGAUCAUCACUCUGCAAGUUGGACAAUGUGGGAACCAGAUCGGAAUGGAGUUCUGGAAGCAGCUCUGCCUCGAGCAUGGAAUCAGCAAAGACGGAAUUCUUGAAGAUUUUGCUACUCAGGGAGGUGACCGGAAAGAUGUAUUCUUCUAUCAAGCUGAUGAUCAGCACUACAUACCAAGAGCUUUACUUAUUGAUCUGGAGCCCAGGGUCAUCAAUGGUAUUCAAAAUAGUGAAUAUCGUAAUCUCUACAACCAUGAGAACAUCUUUGUUUCAGAUCAUGGAGGUGGUGCUGGAAAUAUCUGGGCUAGUGGAUAUGAUCAGGGAAAGGGCGUUGAAGAGGAUAUCAUGGAUAUGAUUGACAGAGAAGCAGAUGGAAGUGAUAGCCUUGAGGGUUUUGUUCUAUGCCACUCAAUUGCUGGAGGCACAGGAUCGGGCAUGGGUUCAUAUCUCCUGGAGACUCUGAAUGAUCGCUACAGCAAAAAACUGGUUCAGACGUACAGUGUUUUUCCUAAUCAGAUGGAAACAAGUGAUGUUGUGGUCCAGCCUUACAACUCACUUUUGACUUUAAAGCGACUGACACUCAAUGCUGAUUGUGUUGUUGUUCUUGAUAAUACUGCCCUAAAUAGAAUAGCUGUAGAACGCCUUCAUCUAUCAAAUCCAACCUUUGCACAAACAAACUCUUUAGUGUCUACAGUAAUGUCAGCUAGCACAACCACUUUGAGAUACCCAGGAUAUAUGAACAAUGAUUUGGUUGGACUCCUGGCCUCUCUAAUUCCAACACCAAGAUGCCAUUUUCUAAUGACAGGAUACACACCACUCACUGUUGAGCGCCAGGCUAAUGUGAUAAGGAAAACCACUGUCCUUGAUGUCAUGAGAAGACUUCUGCAGACAAAAAAUAUUAUGGUCUCCUCAUAUGCUCGAACAAAAGAAGCUAGUCAAGCGAAAUACAUAUCCAUAUUGAAUAUCAUACAGGGAGAAGUGGACCCUACACAGGUUCAUGAAAGUUUGCAGAGAAUACGUGAAAGAAAGCUUGUGAAUUUUAUUGAGUGGGGCCCUGCCAGCAUUCAGGUUGCACUCUCACGGAAAUCACCAUAUGUUCAAACUGCCCAUAGGGUCAGUGGUCUUAUGUUAGCUAGCCAUACCAGCAUCCGGCACCUUUUCAGCAAGUGUUUGAGCCAGUAUGAGAAGCUGAGAAAGAAGCAAGCCUUUCUUGACAACUAUCGGAAAUUCCCAAUGUUUGCUGACAAUGAUCUCUCCGAGUUUGAUGAAUCAAGGGAUAUAAUUGAGAGUUUGGUUGAUGAAUAUAAGGCUUGCGAGUCUCCAGAUUAUAUCAAAUGGGGAAUGGAGGAUCCCGACCAGUUUCUUACAGGAGAAGGAAAUGCAUCCGGGACAGCAGACCCAAGUUUGGCCGUCUGACAAGGCAAAUAAGGUCAUGUUAAUGGAGGUUGUAACCGUGUGAUUUUUCAUCUUUUACUUUUAUUGAGUAAAUAUACAAUCUGAAAAUACAGAUUCUCUCUGUAUUUCUUCGUUAACGUAGGGUUGAGUCUCCCACUAUUCUGAUCCAUGCGCAAUCCAUUUAGGUCUUCCAUUUGCGUCAGUGAGGUGUCUUCUUUUGUUUUUAUGUUUUUGGGACCGUUUGUGUGAUGAAGAGUGAGGGUUGUGGCAUCAUAGUUGAGAACAGCAUUGUUCAUCCUACCAUUCACAUGUGAUCACCGGCUCUGUUCCAACCUAAAACGUUCAAUUAGAGUGAAUGCCAGGAUUGGGUGGAGGAAGACCAGUCUACAUCCGUGAUUGGAACACAUACUUUGUUUUGUGGACCAUUAUUUUCAAAUUGCAUAUUGAAUGAAUGUGAUGGUGGGAGGAUCUCUAAGUGGCUUUUGAGAUUUAUGAUUGAGUAGCUUUGUAAAGAGUGUUUAAGCCUCGCACCUAAACUAGUUGUGGAAGAACCAUUUUAGUUAUGAUUCUUGGAUUUUGAUUUUUU